AACACAUGUUUGUCUGCAAAUGUGAUUCAUUUGAUUUGUGGUUAUUAUCACUUUCUGGAUGUGAUUAACAGGACAUCAAAAUGAGUGAAAGCCCAGGAGUGGCGCCAAUUAAGGCAAUUGAAGACAAGUGGAAACUAUUGCCUGCCUUUCUGGAGGUUCGGGGUCUUAUUAAGCAGCACUUGGACUCAUUUAACCACUUCAUCGCGAAGGAGAUCAAGAGUGUGUUGCGGGCCAACCAACGGAUCACCUGCGAGUCGGACGCCAACUGGUAUGUCAAGUAUCUGGACAUCCGAGUCGGCAAACCAGAGAUCGAGGAGGGCUUCAAUGUUGUCCGCACGACCAGUCCUCACGAGUGCCGGCUUCGGGAUAUCACUUAUUGUGCGCCCAUUAAUGUGGACAUUGAGUACAUGAGAGGACCGCAGAAAGUGAUCCGCAAUGACCACACCAUCGGAAGAAUGCCUCUAAUGCUGAGGAGCGCUAACUGUGUCCUCAACAACAAGACAUACAACGAGUUGGUGGCACUGAAUGAGUGUCCCUACGAUCCGGGCGGUUAUUUCGUGAUCAAUGGAUCCGAGAAAGUGAUUCUCAUUCACGAACAGCUCUCCAGAAACCGGAUCCUUAUAGAAGAGGGACCCAUAUGUCAGGUGACGAGUACUACAGCCGAACGCAAGUCCAGAACCAACUUAAUUAUCAACAAAAAGGGACAAAUAGUUAUGAAACACAACUCCUUCUUAGACGAAGGAAUUCCUAUUUUUAUUGUCUUUAAAGCAAUUGGUUUUGAGAGCGAAUCAGAAAUUGUCGAAUUGAUUUGUGGCACCACUUCGGCCACCGAUGGCAUUGAUCCCAGUCUUCUCAUCCCAUCCAUAGAGGUGUGCCAUAAGUCCCAGAUAUGGACCUCUGAUUUGGCGCUUAAAUAUAUGGCCAACAAAUUGAAGUCAAAGACACAGUUCUUUGGAAAACCCGAAUGGAAUACCGAAAGGAGGAAACCCGCCGUCGAGAUCGUGAGGGAACUGUUGGCCACCACUAUUGUGGCCCACAUUCCUGUCAAAGACUUUAAUUUUAGACUUAAAGCUAUAUAUUUGGCUCAAAUGGUGAAGCGCUUAAUUUGUGCCAUAAGUGACCCGUCUUUUAUCGAUGACCGCGACUAUUACGGCAACAAACGUCUGGAAUUAGCCGGUUCUCUGAUCGCCAUUCUCUUCGAAGACCUCCUCAAGCGAUUUAAUUCAGAACUUCGGACAAUCGCCGAUAAGAACAUUCCGAAGAUCAAAGUGUCUCAGUUUGAUAUCGUAAAGCAUAUGAGACAAGACCUCAUCACCAAUGGAUUGAUUAAUGCGAUCGCAACGGGGAACUGGACUUUAAAGCGGUUUAAGAUGGAAAGGGUUGGCGUGAGUCAAGUGUUGAGUCGAUUGAGUUAUAUCUCGUGCUUAGGAAUGAUGACUCGCAUUAACUCUCAGUUUGAGAAAACCCGCAAAACCUCGGGUCCCCGCUCUCUGCAGGCCAGCCAAUGGGGGCUCGUAUGUCCGUGCGAUACACCGGAAGGCGAGUCGUGUGGUCUGAUCAAGAACUUGGCUCUAAUGACACACAUCACCACUGAUGUGGACGAAGACGCCGUUAUUCGCAUUUGUCUCAACAUAGGUCUCGUUCAGGACAUUGUGUUGUGCUCUUCCGGUGCUUUGAUUAACAAAAACUAUUUAGUGUUUGUAAACGGACUCAUAAUUGGUGUCACUAUUGAUCCGCAAAGACUUGUCACAAGCCUUAGAUCACUUCGAAGAAGCAAUUUUAUGUCUGAAUUUGUGUCUAUUUCUCUGAAUCGACUUCAUAGAGCAGUUUAUAUCGCCACCGAUGGCGGUAGACUUUGCAGGCCUUAUAUUAUAGUCAAUACACGAUUAGGUGUUCCCAAAGUGAUGGCAAAACAUAUGGAAGCAUUGAGUCGAGGAAUUAUGGGAUUUGAAGAUUUCAUUCGCGAGGGUUUAGUUGAAUACUUGGAUGUGAAUGAAGCCAGUGAUACACACAUCGCUCUUUAUGAGACAAAUAUCAAGACCGGUGUUACCACUCACCUGGAGAUUGAACCGUUCACUUUGCUGGGAGUGUGUGCCGGUGUUAUCCCAUAUCCCCAUUGCAAUCAGUCUCCAAGAAAUACAUACCAGUGCGCUAUGGGUAAGCAAGCGAUGGGCACUAUUGGUCUCAAUCAAAGACAACGUAUCGAUACUCUAAUGUAUCUCUUGGCUUACCCUCAAAGACCUGUUGUUAAGACGAAACCCAUAGAACUAAUACAUUACGACAAAUUGCCUGCCGGUGCCAAUGCAAUGGUGGCCGUCAUGUCGUACAGUGGC